AUGAUUGCCAGAUCCACAUUAAGAUCGUUGAGUUCUGUCAGAGCGCCAGCCGGCGCUCGUGCGUUUGCCACCGGCUCGGUUCUUCAGCAAAAACCAGUUCCUUACGACGAAACCAAAAUAAGAUCAAACGAAGUUGUUUCUGGUGCUCCGCAAGACUUGAGUACUAACAGAGUAGUCAGAAUCUAUUUGGAGUCCAAGCCAGCUACUCAAUCCGGUCAUCAUAAUGCCAAAUCCUGGAAAUUGGACUGGGACGUUUUAGGUAAAGGUAAUAGAUGGGAAAAUGACUUGAUUGGUUACCAAUCUUCUGCUGAUUAUAUGCAAGGUACUAUCAUGAAGUUUGAUACUAAAGAAGCAGCCAUCAGAUUUGCCCAGGGCCAAGGUUGGGAUCAUUACGUUCAAGAACCUAAAAAGAGACAUUUCAGAAAGAAGGAGUACGCAGCUAACUUUUAUCACUCUGCCGGACCAUUAAAACAUAUCAGAACCAAGUAA